AUGGGGAGGGUCAUUUUGUCGGGAAUUUUUUGUGCCUCGAAAUCUGAUGUACAAAAUUCUUCCGGUAGUGAAUCCGCGUUCACCCCGCAAAAGUUUAUUGCUUGUGUGUCAAGAGAGGAAUCCGGACGCCGAGUGACCAAGGAUUUUGGGGACCGUGUCACACUAUUGACUGGAGAAAAUGUCAAAGGCGUUAGUGAAGCUGAUAUCGUGUUAUUAUGUACGAAACCACAAGUGGCCAAGACAAUUUUAACUGAAAAAGGUAUGGCUCAAGUGCUAGAGGGUAAACUGCUGAUUAGCAUACUUGCAGGAGUAACGAUAGACCAGCUAAAAGGAUGGGUUCCCGAAUCAACUAGAAUCAUACGAGCCAUGCCGAAUACCCCUUGCAUGAUACGGGAGGGAAUGACGGUGUUAAGUUGUCCGGUUGAUACUCGAGCACACGAUAAAGAUUUCGCGUUAUGGGUAUUUUCUAGUUUGGGACGAGCGAGAUUCUUGGAUGAAAAGCACCUAGACGCCGUUACUGGACUUUCCGGAAGAAUUGUUUGCAGCGUUAUACUGGAGGCCAUGGCUGACGGAGGUGUUAUGAUGGGACUUCCACGUGAUAUUUCUUUCGAAUUGUCCGCUCAGGCGCUUCAAGGUGCGGCAAGAAUGGUUUUGCAAACAGGAAAACACCCGUCGGAAAUCAAAGAUAGCGUCACAACUCCGGCGGGGUGUACGAUUGCGGGAUUGCUUACCAUGGAAGAUGGUAAAAUUAGAUCCACAUUAGCAAGGACUAUACAGGAGGCUACAACUGUCGCAUCAACAUUAGGGGCUUCUCAAGCAAAAAGUGAAAAAUAA